AUGCCGGGCACACCGACGCAUGUGCUUUUUGAAAGCGCCGUCGGCCUUGCUUUGUUCAAGGUCGAACAGGUCGAAAGCAUUGGGUCACAGACCAAGCAAGUCCAAGAAGCUAUGGAUGAUCUUCCCUCAUUUGGAAAGAUGGUCAAGCUCGUCAGCUUCAGCCCAUUUAAGAGUGCGCCUGAUGCUUUGCAAGGUGCUCUCGAUAUCUCAGAGGGCAUUGUGAACGAGCAUCUCAAAUCCCUACUGACUCAGAACCUGCGCCCAGAAGGAAAGAAGGUCAAAGGCAUAGGGCUCGGUGUGUGUGACCGUAACUUGGCUAGCUCCAUCGUCGGCGAGUUGGGUAUCCCUUGCGAUACUGGAGAGACAUCGCAGGAGCUUGUGCGUGGUGUACGUCUGCACGCCGAAAAGUUACUCAAGGGCAUGGCCGAGGGUGACUUGGCUCGUGCUCAGCUUGGUCUUGGUCACUCAUUUUCUCGCUCCAAGGUCAAGUUUAAUGUGAACCGCAGUGACAACAUGAUCAUCCAGGCCAUCGCACUUCUUGACACACUCGACAAGGACGUCAACACUUUCGCCAUGCGUGUGCGUGAAUGGUACGGCUGGCACUUUCCUGAGCUCGUGCGUAUCGUGCCAGACAAUAUCACAUACGCUCGUCUCGCCCGAUACAUUAAAGCCAAAGAGAACCUCGGUGAAAAUGAUCUAGAAGAAAUGGCAGAAAUCCUCCAGGGCGAUGAAACAGCUGCCCACAAUGUGCUUGAUGCCAGUCGAGCCAGCAUGGGUACGGAAAUUGGCGAACUUGAUAUGAUCAACAUAGAAAACUUUGCUGACCGUGUUGUUCGACUUGCCGAGUACCGCAAAAACAUGCACGACUAUCUUGUGGAGAAAAUGCAUCUUGUCGCGCCAAAUCUCUCAGCCCUUCUUGGCGAGGUCAUUGGCGCUCGUCUGAUUUCGCACGCCGGCUCGCUGACGAACUUGGCCAAGUAUCCUGCGUCGACAGUGCAGAUUCUUGGUGCUGAAAAGGCUCUGUUCCGUGCGCUUAAGACGAAGGGGAAUACGCCUAAAUACGGCUUAAUUUACCAUGCGUCUGCCAUUUCGCGCGCCGCGCCGAAAAAUAAGGGUCGCAUGUCUCGUUUCCUCGCGAACAAAAUCAGCAUUGCAUGCCGAAUCGAUUGCUUCUCAGAUGCUCCAUCUACCAAGUUUGGUGAAGUCCUCCACAUGCAAGUGGAAGAGCGACUCGCUUUCUACGAAACAGGCAAGCCCACGACAAAGAACAGCGACGCCAUGCGCAAGGCUAUUGCCGCGAUGGAAGAGGCCGCUGGCGAUUUGAUGGAUGUCGAUGGCGAUGAUGAUGAUGGUGAAGACCAUGAGGACCAAGACGGUAGUGACGACAAAGAUGUCGAGGACAAUAAGGAUGCGGAUGAUGAUGAAGACAGCGACGACGGGCCAGCUGAGAAGGAGAAGAAGAAGAAGACUUCGUCCAAGGCAUCAUCAAAGGCUGAGAAGAAGAAGAAGAAGGACAAGAAGAGCAAGAGCAAGGCUAGUGACGUCGAAAAGGCCGCGAAGAAGGCAGCGAAGAAGGCAGCGAAAGAGGGAAAAGAAGGAAAGGAUAAGAAGAAGAAAAAGAGCGCAUAG